AUGGCGGACAAUGAGAGUGACAAGAUUUCAUUUGCGUUGCCAAUUGAAAAGCUUCCAUUCGAAAGUGAUACCCCUAAAAGUAGUUUUAUCUGUGACGAGAAUUGUUCUCCAAAUCCAGGAGAAGUUUUUACGAUGAGAAAUCACUCAAAGGUUGCUUCUGUGCUGUUUUCUCCGCCGCGAACUUCGCGCGUGGGUGAAGGAAAAUUAAAACCCAAGUCUUUCUCGACGAGUUUGUAUUCGUCGCCAACAAGGAAAACGAAACUGAGCGGAGUCGAAAAAGAGAAGAGAAAAACUCUUCAAGUUCUCCAACCAGCUGCAAGCGGCAAUGGCACGCUCGUUGGGAGCCGUGGCGUCGUUAGGCAUAGUGAAAUGAAAUCUAAGAAGGGUAAAUCAUCACCAACUUUAAAACUCAAACAGCAGAAGAUUAAGAUUCUUCACAAAUCAGGCAACGGUUCUUCUUCAACACUUGCCGAUUCCUCGGAUUCUGACACUGCUGUCAGCUCAGCCAGAGAGAAUACAAAAUCGCCUCAUGGGGAACCGUUUGACGAAGCAAUAGCAUUGAUGAUUUCAGAUCCACCACCAGAGAGAUAUUGGGAGCUUUUGGCAGAGGAGAGGAGACUGGCUCUACAAGAGGCAUUGGAGGAGAAUGAAAGGAUUCAUAAGGAGUUAGAAGAACUCAGAGAAAGAAACAAAAGCCUUGAAGAAAUUGCUGGUCAAGCUGAGUAUUUUGCUUCUCUAUACCAGAUGGUGAUGGAGGGAGAAGUUCCAGAUAUAGAAUCCAGUGAUAAUGAUGAAGAGGUGGAUUAAUACCUUUUAACUCUUACUUCAGUAAAUUAUUUCUGACCCAGUACCACAAUUUGAGUUUUUUGUUUGUUUUUUUUUUUAAGUGGUUGAUGUAUUUCAAAAAUAAUUUUUCUACAAUGUACAUUUUCCUCAAGUAUUUAUGUAUCCAUGCACAUAUUGUUUCACCAUGCAUCUUGAGAAACCUAUUGCACCUCAAGAUUAAGAUGUACCUGUAUUUGUUACGAUUAAGAAAAAUUGCAGAAUGAUUGUAAAUUCCUUUUCUUGUUGGAAUCCACAAGAUGGCAAUUUUUUCCCUGAAAUUGGGGGAUCUCAUUCCAAUCUAUGUACAUAAAAAUUAUUUGUUAAUCUUCAGAGAUAUAAUUCUUAAUAAGUUGCCUUGCCUUCAUUAGUUCUUGUCUUUCUUAAAUACAGGCCCUGCAGAUGAGUGUAAUUUUAAAAAAGUUAGUAAAAGCUUUUCAUUUCAACACGGUUCUCAGUUAUCAGAAUGUGAAUAAUUAGUCUGGCAGUGUUGAACUUAUCUUAUGAACAAAUCAGGCCACUUUCUAGGUAAUGGAUAAGAAUGCAUCAUUUACCCUGUAGCUCUUUCCACGACUUUUAAUUAUUUAUCAUCCAACCAUAUAAAUAGUUCUUAGAAAGGUAGUGCCGUUGUCCUGAAAAUUGAUGGCUUACCAAAACAUACUGUUCCUCUUCUCUUAUUUUAAACAAAGCAGCUGCAGUGUUUUUAUGCUCAAACAAAAUCUGGUCAAGUUAAUCCUUGUAGAGAAUUCUUCACAUAAUUAUCCUAUUUUCUCACAAUAAAUGCUCUCCACUUUUUUAAAAAUGAUGUAUUGUGUUCAGGCAUGUAUCUCUCUUGCUCAUAUUUUCUUUUAAAUGGAGUUGUGGUGCAAAAACUAUUAAAUGUCUCUAUAAAGGAUCCUGCAUAACUUUUAUCUUGGCUCUUGUACUUUAUUUGUCUUUUUUCCCAAGAAUGAAAAGGACUUUCUUAGCACACUGGAAAAAAGCCUGUGUAUUAUUCUGGAUAAACUUCUCUGUGUGUUUGCCUCUGUAAAACCAGGGACAGCAGUUUUCCGUUGGUCAGUAGUAGUUAGCAAUAGCACAGUGCAAGGCAUGAGGCUGGAUAGGAUGCUAUAAAAUUGUUUAUUUACAUUCACUUAAAAUUAAUGGAUCCAUGAUGUACAAUUACAUUGUUCUUCCCCAUGUGAAAAUAAUUUAACCCAAGCCCUCAUCUUUUUAAAUCCUUUAGUGAUUAACUAAAGAUGAUCAUUUCUUGAGAGCAUUAUAUUGUUUUAUUCACAAAGUUUUAAUGCCUUAUUCACGAACAAACAGGUCUCUAGGGAGUUCACAAAACAAAUUGUAACAUGUGACUUAAAACAAGAUCAAGCUCUCAAUAUUUAAUAAUCUGUUCUGUUUGUAGUUCCAAUAUUUAUAAAACCACAUACAAUGUGCAAUGAGUGAUUAAUUUGUUCUAAAGCUUAACUAUUAUGAAAGCUAUAUAGGGAUUGUCUCCUUAAUACAUUUUACUUGUGUGACACAGCAGUGCUAUUUUUAUACAAUUUCUCUCAUCAGCUGUACCAUACAGUUAUAUCAGGCACUUGCAUCAACUGCCCAUUCAACCCUUUAACUCUCAAGAUCUCAACUAAUUCUCUUCACUGUCUGCCAUACAGUUCAUGUGAUGUUAAUUUUGAGAAUUUGGUAUUUGAUCAACUUAUAAUCCCCAAUUAAAUAUAUUUUUUUAUUAUCAUCACUUAUCUGCCUGAUAUUGUAUUGAUAUUAUAAGGGGAAAUUCUAUUUUUGCCACUCAAAGGACUCAAAGGGUUAAACUCUUAAAUGGAGAGGAUUUUGAGUGUCUUGCCAAGCCAGAAUGUACAAAAUACAAUUAAGCUAGCCUAGUAUAAAUGUAAGUUUUUUUAGCUUGGCAUGAAUCUCAGUUGUUUUAAUGUAGAUUCCUUCAGUUUUAACCUGUAAUGAGAUGCAAUCUAUU